AUGGGUUCUAUACGUAAGUCUAAUCGUGUUCGUACCUUGACAGCUAAAGUUAGGGAUACUUUACCACAACAAUCCAAUUCAAUUAACACCAUAACUAACGCAAAUAUAGAAUAUGGCAAAAAAAGAACCAUACAGAAUACCGAAAAUGAGGGCAAUUAUAUUGACAAUGAUAACACCAAGAAAAGAAAAUUGAUGAUAACUGAACCAAUUCAGCGUCAACAACCUCAAGAUGACAAGAUUGAUCCAGUUGAGAAAUUGUUAAGUUUGACUAAUAUAAAUAAUGAUUUCUUGUUGGAUUUAGAUUUGGAUUCUGAUUAUGUGGUAUCGUCUCCUGAAGAUCCUAUGGAUGAUGGUGAAGAAUAUGAAGAUGAGGACGAUGAGGAAGAUUAUGAAGAUAAUGAUCAUAUUCAAAGUCAGGAAAACAUUCCUCAAGUUAAUUUUACUAAAAUUUUGCAUGACAAUAUUAGACAAUAUUGUUCCUCCGUCAAAAGGAGUCCAAUUGAAAUAUAUUCCAAUUCUUCCUUUGCAUUUUUAAAUAGACCUAGUGUUUCUGCAUCUACUCAACAAAUUAAGCAACUGCAAGUUGAGGCUCACCAAUACUCCCAUCAUCAUUCUCAUGCAUCUCAUCAUUCAAUUCAAGCUCAUAAUGAUAGUAUUACAUCUAUAACUGGUUCAUCAGUUAUGAUUGCAUCUCCAUUAACUCCUGCUACUACUACUGCUCCAUCUACACCAAUUCAAAGUGAGGUUCCAUUCUUUAGAACUGUUAACUUUUCUGGUCCUUCUAAGAAACAGCAACAACAAAGAUUACAGAAGAAAUUUGAUUCUUUUGAAGAGUACUUUUCUUAUGAUCAAAAUGUUGAAAAAGCUGUUGAGCCAACAGUUCCAAUCAAUAAUAAUUCUUCUACAAAGGAAUACUAUUAUGUUGAUGAUGAUGAGUAUAUUUCUCCUACAGAUAAGCCGGAACCAAAACAACUUGUUCCUGCUUCACAAGAUUUACAAUCUACAGUGGAAGCUACAACUAAUGAUAAUGAAUCACCUUUAUCUACUCCUACAUUGACUUCAAACAAGAUGAGUUUCCAUUGGAGACAAAAUCAUAAUAACUUGAAUUUAGCUUUGAAUGAUUUUUCUAAGAAUGGUCAAUCAGCUAACAAUGCAAGAGCGGUAAAUUCUUUAUCCACUAAUCAACAACAAUUUCUCAUGAUGGAUCAACAAAAUGAAGAUAUUUUUAAAAUAUUGAAUAAACAUUCAGUAUUUACUGGUAAAGCUAGUGAAAUGAUAAGCACUAGUAAUUUUUUAAUCAAUGAUUUCUUCAUUUAA